AACGUCUCGACUCCCUCAUUAUGCAAUAAAAAGAAGUAUUUUUCCCUCAAAACCCAAAUCCAUCCAUCAAAGGUGAAGAAGAAACACAAGAAUAGAUUGUGAGCUUUGGUGUUGCUUGAAUCUAGGGAUCUUGCAGAAGAACACCACCCUCAUCAACUUCUUAGCUAAGGAAACAAUCUCGUCCAUCUCGGCAAUGAUAGUAGCAAUAGGGAUAGCAUUUACUGUGGUGGUUGUUGCAUGGAUUUAUCAAGCGCUAAAACCUCCAAGUCCAAAGAUAUGUGGAACACCAAAAGGGCCUCCAAUAACUUCACCUAGGGUUAAGCUCAAUGAUGGCAGACAUUUGGCCUACAAAGAAUUUGGAGUUCCUAAGGAAAUGGCUCAACACAAAAUCAUUUUGACACAUGGCUACAAUGCUUCCAAACAUAUGCAUUUAGCUGUUUCACAAGAAUUUAUGGAGGAGGUUAAAGCAUAUAUAGUGUUAUAUGACAGAGCUGGUUAUGGAGACAGUGACCCGUAUCCAUCACGGUCAGUAAAAACAGAAGCAUUUGACAUUCAAGAAUUAGCAGACAAAUUGGAGCUUGGAAGCAAAUUUUAUGUAAUUGGAUGUUCAUUAGGAGCAUACCCUAUUUGGAGUUGUCUAAAAUACAUUCCACACAGACUGUUAGGAGCUUCGUUGGUAGUUCCUUUUGUGAAUUAUUGGUGGCCUUCGAUUCCAUCAGCUUUGUCAACACAAUCUUUUAAAGAGCUUCCUAAAGUAUUCCAAUAUACAUUUGGAAUUGCACAUUACACACCUUGGUUGUACUAUUGGUGGACCAAACAAAAAUGGUUCCGAUCACUGGCCGUUGAAGUUUUGUUCACUGAUUCUGAUUUAAAGUUAUUAAAGGAGGUCUUGGAUUGUCCAACUAUUUCUCUGGAAAAAAUAAGACAGCAAGGUGAAUACGAAUGCCUUCAUCGAGACAUGCUUGUUGCUUUUGGGAAAUGGGAGUUUGAUCCUCUUGAAUUGACAAAUCCAUUCACUGAGAAUAAGGGGUCUGUUCAUAUGUGGCAAGGUGGCGCCGACCGUCUCGUCCCGAUCGAGUUUAGUCAUUUUAUAGCACAGAAACUUCCAUGGAUUCAGUAUCAUGAGGUUCCCAAUGCUGGCCAUUUAGUAGUUCAUGAAACUGAAAGCUUUAAAGCCAUAAUAAGGGCACUUCUUGCUGGAUAAUUAAAUUCGUUCUUCUGCUAUCAUUUACUGUUGUGUUGAACAAGUGUGUGAUGUCCAUGUAAAAUGAACUGAAUUGUACUUCUUUGUGUUGUUGUUUGUUUUUGUUUUUGUUUUUUUUUUUUUUUUGUUGUU